CUUCAGCGUGUCCGUGUCUGUGUGUCGGCAGAGGAGCGGUGUGGAUCCGUAUUUAGCCCGAAGUUUCUGAAUCUUUGAUCGCAGCCUGACGGUGUUUCAGCAUGGAUGUUGCCACAGCAACCGCGGAGAAUGCCGGGGAGAUGGUGAAAGACGAGUUGGCUGAAAAAUGCCAGAAGUUGUUCCAGGCUUUCUUAGAGGAAUUUCACACCGGGGAUGGGGAGGUGAAGUAUGUCCGUGAGGCCGAGGAGUUGAUCAGGCCUGAGAGGAACACUCUGCUGGUGAGCUUCACAGACCUGGAGGGCUUCAACCAGGAGUUGGCUACCACCAUCCAGGAGGAGUACUACAGAGUGUAUCCCUUCCUCUGUCGGGCCGUGCGCAACUUUGCUCGGGAUCAUGGGAACGUUCCUCUCAACAAAGAGUUCUACGUUGCCAUUGAGGAUCUUCCCACCAGACACAAGAUCCGUGAGCUGUCGUCCAUGCGUAUCGGCAGUCUGGUGAGGAUCAGCGGUCAGGUGGUGAGGACACACCCAGUACACCCUGAACUGGUGAGCGGUACGUUCCUGUGCAUGGACUGUCAGGCGGUGAUCAAAGACAUCGCUCAGCAGUUCAAAUACUCUCCACCGACCAUCUGCAGAAACCCUGUCUGCAACAACCGCUCCCGCUUCCACCUGGACACACACAAAUCCAAGUUCAUCGACUUCCAGAAGGUGCGUAUCCAGGAGACGCAGGCAGAGCUGCCCCGUGGUUCAAUCCCUCGCUCCCUGGAGAUCAUCUUGAGGGCCGAGGCUGUGGAGACGGCUCAGGCCGGAGAUCGCUGUGACUUCACUGGGACCCUCAUCGUUGUCCCAGAUGUCUCUCAGCUCAGCACUCCUGGUGUGCGUGCAGAGACCAGUACCCGUGUUGCUGGAGGACCCCAGGGCUUCGAGUCUGAGGGUUUGAGAGGACUGAAAGCUCUGGGAGUCAGAGAGCUGUCAUACAGACUGGCUUUCCUGGCCUGCAACGUGGCCCCGACUAACCCACGAUUUGGUGGAAAGGAGCUGCGGGAGGAGGAGCAGACUGCAGAAAGCAUCAAGAGCCAGAUGACAGAGAAGGAGUGGGAGAAAGUGUUUGAGAUGAGCCAGGACAAGAACCUGUACCACAACCUGUGCACCAGCCUCUUCCCCACCAUCCACGGCAAUGAUGAGGUGAAGCGCGGCAUUCUGCUGAUGCUGUUCGGUGGCGUUCCCAAGACGACCAUGGAGGGAACCUCGCUGAGAGGAGACAUCAACGUUUGCAUCGUUGGAGACCCGAGUACUGCCAAGAGCCAGUUCCUCAAGCACGUGGAGGAGUUCAGUCCCAGAGCAGUGUACACCAGCGGCAAAGCCAGCAGUGCCGCAGGUCUGACGGCCGCUGUGGUCCGAGAUGAGGAGUCCCACGAGUUUGUCAUCGAGGCCGGAGCUCUGAUGCUGGCUGACAACGGUGUGUGUUGCAUCGAUGAGUUUGACAAGAUGGACCUAAAGGACCAGGUGGCCAUCCAUGAGGCCAUGGAGCAGCAGACCAUCAGCAUCACCAAAGCUGGCGUCAAGGCCACCCUGAACGCUCGCACAUCCAUCCUGGCUGCUGCUAACCCUGUCAACGGGCGCUACGACCGCAGCAAGAGUCUGAAACAGAACGUCAACCUGACCGCACCCAUCAUGAGCCGCUUCGAUCUCUUCUUCAUCCUGGUGGACGACUGUAACGAGGUGACAGACUACGCCAUCGCCAGACGUAUCGUGGACCUGCACUCCCGCGUGGAGGAGUCAGUGGACAGACUGUAUUCUCUGGAUGAGAUCCGCAGAUAUCUGCUCUUUGCCCGGCAGUUCAAACCCAAGAUCUCAAGCGAAUCGGAAGAGUUCAUCGUCGAGCAGUACAAGCGUCUCCGUCAGCGUGACGGCUCCGGCGGUGUAUCAAAGUCUGCCUGGAGGAUAACGGUGCGACAGCUGGAGAGCAUGAUUCGUCUCUCAGAGGCCAUGGCGCGUAUGCACUGCUGUGAUGAGGUGCAGCCCAAACAUGUGAAGGAAGCCUUCCGUCUUCUGAACAAAUCCAUCAUCAGAGUGGAGACGCCCGACAUCAACCUGGAGCAGGAGGAUGAAUUGGAGGAGGAGGAGGAGCAGCAGCAGGAGGAAGGAAACAACGUCCCCAACGGAGUGAAUGGUGUGAACGGUGUAAAUGGUGUAAAUGGUCAUGUGGAUGGUGUUAAUGGCCACAUAAAUGGCAUUAAUGGCCAUGCCAAUGGUGUGAAUGGCCACGCUGAGCCUGGCAGCCAGCCCAAACCGUCUCUCCGCCUGUCUUUCACCGACUACAGACGCAUCUCCAACCUGCUUGUCCUGCAUUUGCGCAGAGCAGAGGAGGCUGAGGAAGAGGAGGAGCUGAAGAAAAGCGCGGUGGUGAACUGGUAUUUGAAGGAGAUAGAGUCAGAGAUAGAUUCUGAGGAGGAGCUCGUCAAUAAGAAGGGUCUGAUAGAGAAGGUCAUCCACAGGCUGGUGCACUACGAUCACAUCCUUAUCGAGCUGUCUCAGGCGGGGCUGAAGGGCUCAGAGUCUGAGAGCUCAGGAGAAGAAGGUGUUCUGGUCGUCAACCCCAACUACAUCCUGGAAGAUUAAUUUGGUUUUUCUCCACCCUCACAGCUUCCGUGACCUCUGAUAUUUAACCUCAGCAAUAAAGUCGAUGUUCAAGGUGUUGGUAUAUGACUGCUCAUAUGUAACCCAUACAUAAUAGUAGCACUGGAGAUGCUAUUAGACUUGUUUUUUGAGUUUAUCAUCUCUUCUGUAAAAAGAUUUAAUUCUGGGGCUCUUUAAAAAAAAAAAAAAAAAAAAGUGUUUUCUUU